UUCAGUUCCAACAAGUUAAAACUUAAAUAUGAAAUAUUUCAGCACAAUUUUAGUAGCCACAUUGGUCAUUUGCGUUCAUGCUGGAGGAAUUGACAAAGAAAAAGCAAAAGAAAUGGCAACAUUCAUAUUAAAUUAUUGCAAGACACAAGAAGGAGGAACUGACGCUGAUGUUGUGGCUAUGAUGGAAUUAAAGUACCCUGAAAGUGCUGCUGGGCUUUGUAUGAUAGCUUGCAUACACGAGAAGAUGGGAUUUUUCACAGAUGGAGUUUUUGACCGUGACAUAUUUAUUGUAAUAACUCAACAAAUUGUUGAUGACGAUCAAGCUUAUAUGAAAGCAGCUGAAGAGAUAGCAACAAAAUGUGGCAGUGUAACAGGUUCAAGAUGUGAGCAAGCUGUUGCAUUUGAUAAAUGUAUCGAAGCAGAAUUAAAGGAUCGAGAUCUCUUCCCUAAAAUGAUAUAGGAAGGUCAGGAGAUGCAUUAUGCAGCAUGUGACAAUCUUAUUUACAAUUUGUUCCAAUGUCAAGGCUUUAAACUUCAUUGUUUGUGUGAAAUAAAA